GACCUAUCGGGAGUGGUAUUUUCGUCCUACUUUCACAACGGUCACACGCUUUCUAUUUGAUUUCUCGUUUUUUUCCAACAAUUUCUGUUAAACAAUUUACCGUGAAUUUUGUUGUUGUGUGUGUGGAUGUGUACGUGCUGGAAACAAAAAAAAAAACAAGAAAGAAAAAAAAGUGCUGGAUAAACGAAAGAAAGAGAAGAACAAGGAAACAAACAACGGCAGAAAAUGCUGGCAAACAACAAAUCACCAAGGUGAAACUGCGCGCCCUGGCAUUGGAGUCUUCGUUUUGGAGAAAAGGGCGCUACAUCUACGCUAUUCUAUAUAUACCCGAUCCAACUAAAAAAAACACUUAAAUCUGCAUCUUCUAUAAUUUUAAUUUGGUGCAUAAAAUAAAGGAAAAUUCAUCAGAUUUUGGCGGACAAUUUGCAAAUACAAAAUACUAAAUACUAUAGAUGGAGCACGCACACAUGCAAGUUCAGUGGCGAACGUAAAUACACAACACAGCACAGCAGCACCAGCAGCAGCAUAUAUUAAAUACAUAGAUAUAUAUAUAUAUAUAGUCAUCUCGCUUGCUCUGCCGGUUUAAGCAAGGGCUGUCAGAGCAAGAUAGAUAGAGAGAGAGGCCUGAAUCGCCUUUUCUUGUACUUUAUAUAUAUAUAUUUUAUAUUGUUUUUGACUUGUGUUGGGUGCGUGUGAGAGUGCCAAAUGUCAUCGGAAAUUACAACACUGCGAGACGAAGACGUCUAGGAGGAAGAAGAAGAAGAAGCAGUACCGCAUCGGUAACAUAAACAAAAACACGGGAAGGAAUAAAACAAAAAUAACAGAUGAAGAUGUUGCCCGCCAAUAAUAAUAAAAGUAAUACCCAUACUAAUACAUCCGCAAAUACAACAACAGCAGCCACAACCAAUACCAAUAAAUGCCUAAUCAAGUCGGCCAUAGAAAGAACGGUAGUUCGUUUAAGGGAAUCGGCAACUAGCGAUACUUCCCAGGAUACAGAUGCUCCGUGUAUGGAAUAUGAAAUUAUAAACUAUUAUGCGGAUAAUAAUAGUAUAACUACAGCAACAACUACGCCCUGCGUAUCCGUUAAUCCCAGACAGCAGCUGUCCUCUUCUCGCCCCAACGGCAACAACAAUAACAGUGAUUGUCAUCCAGCACUGGAUGCCAACAGUACUGUUGUUGUUGUUGCACCGGCAGCGGAAAGUGAGCCUGAGGAGGAAGAACCGCCUGAAGAAGAUGAAAAAGAGAGAAGCAACAGCAUUCCAGACCUGGACGAAUCUCUAAUCGUAAUGGCAAACGACGAAACAGAGGACAUGGAUGUGGAUGUGGAGGAUGGAUCACCAGCCAAGUCUUUAAACCCAAAGAAACAACAACAAAUAAAUUCUACAUCAACAACAAAUCGCUUUAGAGGCGGCGGUGGAGCGGCACAAAGUCGUUUACGCCGGUCAGCAGCCAUCGUUCCAGCGAGAUUACAACAACCGCAUCAACAGUUGCUUCCAGAGAGCAGCGGCAGUAGUACGAGUAGCAACUCUAAUUCCAAUUCCAGUUCAAGUAGUGCUUCCAAUCCCUCGCCCUGUUCUUCCCUUGGCGUUAACAUGCGCGUAACGGGACAAUGCAGCCAGGGCGGCCGGAAAUAUAUGGAAGAUCAAUUCUCCGUCGCCUAUCAGGAAUCACCAAUCACUCACGAACUGGAAUAUGCAUUUUUUGGCAUAUACGAUGGACACGGCGGUCCGGAAGCUGCGCUUUUCGCUAAGGAACACCUAAUGCUGGAGAUUGUCAAGCAGAAACAGUUCUGGUCGGAUCAGGAUGAAGAUGUCUUGAGGGCGAUACGCGAGGGAUAUAUCGCCACACAUUUCGCCAUGUGGCGGGAACAAGAGAAAUGGCCGCGUACUGCCAAUGGUCACCUAAGCACCGCUGGCACCACCGCCACAGUGGCCUUCAUGCGUCGUGAAAAAAUAUACAUCGGUCAUGUGGGUGAUUCUGGGAUCGUUUUGGGUUACCAGUUAAAAGGCGAACGCAACUGGCGGGCUCGCCCACUAACUACGGACCACAAACCGGAAUCACUUGCGGAGAAGACAAGAAUCCAGCGGGCCGGUGGUAAUGUGGCCAUCAAAUCGGGAGUUCCACGUGUUGUAUGGAAUCGUCCAAGGGAUCCAAUGCAUCGCGGUCCUAUUCGUCGUAGAACUCAAGUCGAUGAUAUACCUUUUCUAGCGGUUGCCCGUUCUUUGGGCGAUCUCUGGAGCUAUAAUUCCCGCUUCAAGGAGUUUGUUGUAAGUCCGGAUCCAGAUGUUAAGGUGGUCAAAAUCGAUCCCAGUACCUUUAGAUGCCUAAUCUUUGGCACCGAUGGUCUGUGGAAUGUGGUGACCGCCCAGGAAGCGGUGGAUAGUGUUCGCAAGGAACAUCUAAUAGGCGAAAUACUCAAUGAACAGGACGUUAUGAAUCCCAGCAAGGCUCUAGUGGAUCAAGCUCUCAAAACCUGGGCCGCCAAAAAGAUGCGGGCGGACAAUACGUCCGUUGUUACUGUGAUACUAACACCAGCGGCCCACAAUAAUUCACCCACGCCAGCUCGGUCCCAAUCCGCGAUGGCACGCGAUACAGAUCUUGAAGUAGAACUUUUACUGGAAGAAGACGACGAGGAGUUGCCCCCUUUGGAUAUGGAGAACAACUACCCCGACUUUCUUAUCGAGGAGGAUGAGUAUGUGCUUGAACAGCCGUACAGUGCCUUGGCCAAGCGGCAUUUACCACCAGAAGCCUUCCGUGAUUUCGAUUACUUUGGCCUGGACGAGGAUGAACACGAAGAAGAUGAUGAGACUGUGGAGGAAGAGCAUUCCGAGGAAGAGGAGCCUAAAUCAGUUGGUCUUUUGCAACAGAGUUUGUUCAACCCAAGGAAAACGUGGCGCAAGUCGAUCAUUAACAAUUCCUGGAAUGGCGAAACCGAACCAGAACCCGAUCCUGAGCCAGAUCGAUUGGAUGGCUCAGCAUUGACCAUGUAUUCUCAUACCACCAUCGAUAAGUGCGCCAUUUAUGCCAACAGCAUAGCACCGCCAGUAAUUAGUCCAUCGGAAAGGGCUGAAAAUCGAGAGCUAAGUGAAUUGGAGCAACAUUUGGAAAGUAGCUAUAGUUUCGCCGAGUCGUACAACUCGCUUUUAAACGAACAGGAGGAACAGGAGGCGCGUUCCCGUUCAGCAGCAGCUGAAGUAGAAGCACAACAAACCACUGCCCAUUCCGCAUCCGUUGUGGUGGAUCGUAGCAUGUUGGAGAUUAUCCAGGAACAGCAGCACUAUCAGCAGCAAGAGGGUUAUUCAUUAACCCAGCUUGAAACCAGGCGUGAAAGAGAACGGCUAACCGAAACGUGGCCUCAACAGCCGGCAGAGCUUAUCGAAUUGGAUGCCCUGCUGCAGCAGGAGCGAGCCGAAGAGGAGCAGGUGGCCCUGGAGCAGCAGCUGCAGCGUGAGCAGCAAAUGGAGGUGGAGGCCAUCAGUAGUUCAGGACAGCAGGAAUUUGCUUUCCCAAUGAUUGCCGCCGCUGCCGAAUGGAGUGAAACGAUAUCGGAAGAGGAGGAGUUAGAAGCCCGUGUAAUAGACAUUGAGAUUGUGCAAGAACAGGAGCUUCAGGACAACGAAGUGAGCUCUACUCUGCCUGCCACACCAACUCAGGUGGAUAUAGAACUGCUUGGGGAAAAGAAAGAGUCGAAAAAAGUUCAGGAAAAGCUACCCGAGAUGGAAAAACCUUUGCCCAAGCAAGAAAAGAAGCUGCCAACGAAGCAGGAAGUCAAACAGGAUCAAGGACUCGUUGCUGUGCUGGAAACAGUGGCCGAAAUCCGCAAAGAGGAUCCCAAUACAGUACACUACAAAUUUGGGCAGAUCCAAAAGCUGCACGAACCAGAGAUCUCACCCGUGGCCUCUGCUGCCAAUUCAUCUCUAAGUGAAGCUCUGUCUAGUGAGUCUGCGGGACUGUGUGGAUCCAUGUCUGCCCCGCGUAUGCGCCAAAUGCGACGCUAUCGAAACGUGCCCAAUGAGAAUCACCAGCACAUGCAGACACGUCGCCGCCAGAUGUUCAAGCAUAGCAAACCAAAGUCCUUUAUAGCAGACAGUGCAGCGGCUAUUGUUGCCUAUGGCGAUAGCAGUGGCACAGUCGGAGGAGGAGCAAUCGGAUCGCCGGGUAAUUCAUCCGAAGGACGAGUAGGUGGUGGUGGUGGCACAGCAAGUGGCGUCAUCAACAGUCCAGCGGCAGCGGCAAAUCGCCGUCGAAGCGUCAAUGUAGUGGCCAGUUCUAGUGGCAAUAAUGGAGCUAAUGUUGUGGCCAGCAGUUCAAUGAUGAUGACCCGUCGCAGUCACAGUUUAACUGCCAGCGGUGGUGUUAACAAGCGGCAGUUGCGUAGCAGUAUCUGCUCUUUGGGUUUGGCUCUAGGUCUAGACAUGACCAAGCGAACGCUGAGAACAAGGAAUGUUCCUGCUUCGGUUGUCGGAGCUGGAGGAGGAGGAGCCACACCUGUUAACAGCUCAUCACCUGCAAGUGGAGUCAAUAAUCAGGGCAAUUUUAGCACACCAACUAAUCCGGUCAGUUCGGUCAGGGGAAAUGGUAGCUCCAAUUCCGCAACCAACAGUGCCAGGCGCUUGAAACGCACCCAUGAGGAUCGUGAGCAAAGGAGGAGUUUGCGACGUAGCACCCUGAGUGCCAGCUCCAGCGGAAGUAGCCUAAUCGGCAGUGGAUCUUCUUCGAAUUCGAAACCUAAUCGUCUGCAGGCCUGCAAUGGAGCUAUAUCCGCACGACCCCCACCAUCUCCGAAGAAACUUAAUGCAGUUGUGCCGACCCUGGCGAUUGGAACUCGAGCUUAUACAGCAGCCUUGGCAGCAGCGGAUCCGGAUCACCUGAACAAACGGUGGUCUCUGAGAAGUAGCAGUGGCAGCUCCAGCAACGUUAUAACAGCCAUUAGUUGUUAUAGUGCCAGGAGUAGGGCGGCGGCAGCAGGAGGAACAGCGGGAGCUCCAGGAUCUGGAUCGCCAGGACCAUCUCUAACAGCUUCGACGAUCCCCACACGAAGGCGCUAAGCUAAACUGAAAUGAGAAUGAAAAGAAAACGCAAAAUUAAGCGGGGCGAGCAACUUGCAAGUACAAAUCCUAAGCAACGGAAAACCUAAAAUCUUAGUUCUACUUUUUCGAAAUUACAAAAAUGUGUAAUUUAAAUUUUUUUUUAUGUGCACAACACACACACACACAUCGGAUAUAUCGUUUUAAUGUAUAUAGAAGAAACUAUAUAAGCCACAUAAUACACAUAGAUAUAUAAAUAUUUAUAAUAUAAUAUAUUUAUAAUAUAUAUAGAUAUAUUAUAUAUAUAUAUAUAUUUAUAUCUAAGCCUUAAUAAUAAAACAAAUUCAUAGUGUAGCUAUAAAAUCACAGUUAGUGUAUAGAAUAUAGAGAUAUAUAUACAUAUAUUUUUUGUAUUGCCUGUAUUAAGCAGUUCUCCAACAUCCGACCGUUUUCCCCCUCAAUAUAAAUGUAAUUUUUCAAAUUAAAAAAUAUUCAAGAUUUCAAGAACCAUGGUACAGCACAUCUGAUAGUAUUUAUCUUGUCUCCUAUGUUUAACUGUUUUACGCUAAGUUGUCUAAGCUAGAUGAUAAGUUAUGUUAACAAGAGAGAUGCUAAUAACUUUAAUCAUUUAUAUUCCCAUUUUUUUUUAUGUUCUUCAUUUUUAAACUACUUGCGUUUGCGCAUUAAUUUCAUGCAUUAAGCAUUAUCCAAUGAAAUACAUAUGAUAUUUUUGCAUAAAUAA